AUGGCGGGGAUCUCUCGCGCGAUCAGGGCCUGCGCCGCCACGUCCCAGCGCACCCUGGCCGCUGCUUCGGCGGUGACGCUGCCGAAGGAGGCGGGGGUGAAACCGGCAACGGUCGGGCGCAGGGGGCGGGGUCCGGAGGACGGGAGGCGCGUGCAGUGGGCGUUCCUCGGGUGCCCCGGGGUGGGGAAGGGCACCUACGCCAGCCGCCUCUCGCAGCUGCUCGGCGUCCCACACAUUGCCACCGGCGACCUCUUGAGAACUGGAUCGAUUGACUCGAUCUCUGGCCUUCCUGUGGUGAUUCUUGCUGGUUGUGAUUGGAAGAAAGCUGUAGCUGGUGCUGCGCACGUGCAGCAACGGUUCCUUGUGCUUUUCUUCUGUGCUCUGACGCCUGUGUGGUGCUGUUCUCUGAUCUUUGUCCACCGUGGCCUGGUGAAUGCAAUACUGGCAAAGCUCCCGCCUUCUUGGCAAGACUUUGUGACUUCACGCCGCCACAUGAAGAAGCAAUUGACUCUCACUGAGUUGUCAGCUGCGAUUAAUGUGGAAGAGCGUGCAAGGUCCAGUAACAAGCCAUCCCAGCAACUCCAGGCUCACGUUGUUGAGAAGGGUGGAGAUAGAAAAUUCCAGAAGAAGAAGAACUCUCCACAGAAGAAUAUGAACCAACCUAAGUCCAAAAAGAUGAAGAAGAAAAAGGAGGACUUUAUCUGCUACGUUUGUGGUGUCUCCGGCGCACCAGUCUUGAUGGGAAAUGGUGUUCCGGCAGCAGUUCGAGGUACUGGACAGGUCUACCUGAAGUUAACUUCAGGAAAGACGCUCGUGCUGAAGGACGUACUCUAUGGUCUCAAAUUAGUGUUUGAGUCUAAUAAAGUGGUCCUGUCUAAGUUUGGUACUUUUGUUGGAAAGUCAUAUGAGUCAGGCGGUUUGUUCCGUCUUUCUGUU